UCUCCGCAGGAUGAUGGCCAUCAACUGGAAAGCACAGCAAAAGCUGAGCGGAACCGGACCGGAGCUGCAGAGACAAAGUUCUGACCUCCUAAAGCCACAUGUCUCCAUGGAGGAAGAAUGUUCUGGCAUUCAACAGCUCUGUAACCAGAGGGGGAGGUCCAGUCUUGACCAAGAGGAAGUAGAACCAAAGUGGACUAAAGAAGAAGAGACGGAACCAGAUCCUCCACAGAUAGAAGAGCAGGGGGAACCAGGACCUCCACUGAUUAAAGAAGAGGAUCCAGAACAUCCUGUGACUGAAGAACAGAUGAAACCAGGACCUCCAUGGAUAAAAGAGGAAGAAGAGUACCCAAAGCUUCCAUUGACUGAAGAAGAAAACAUGUGGCCUGAAUCUUCAUGGGCUAAACAGGAGCAGAGGGAACCAGAACCAUUGAUUGAAGAUCAGGGGGAACCAGGACCUCCUCAGGUUAAAGAGGAAGAAGAGGACUCAGAACCACUUAUUGAGGAAGAAAAGGAAGAACCAGAUUAUUCAAGGGUUAAACAUGAACAACAGGUACCAGAAAAUGUAUCGACUAGGGAGGACCACAAGGACGUAUGCAGCAGUCAGGAGGGAGAGCAGGUUUUCCAGAAGCAGUUUGUUGCUCUACUCGCGACUUCUACUCUUCAGCAACGUCAAGGAGAACCAAAAACUGAACAGCUUUCCUUUCAUAUCUCUCCUGUAGUUAGGACCAGAGAUCAGGAAGAAAAUAGCUCCACUGGAUCAGAGCAUCAGUCUCAUACUGAUGAAAAGAACCUUUCUUUAAAAUGUGACAUUUGUGGUAGGUUUUGGAAGAAUAACUCUAAAUUGAAACAGCAUUACCGAACCCACACAGGUGAAAGGCCUUUUUCUUGCCAGAUAUGUGGAAAACGUUUCGCUCAGAAUGGUACUUUAAAUGUUCACCAGAGAACUCACACAGGAGAGAAACUUUUUCCCUGUCAGACAUGUGGAAAACGUUUUUCUGAAAAGGGUACUUUAAAUGUUCACAAGAGAACCCACACAGGUGAGAGACGUUUUUCUUGUCAGACAUGUGGAAAACGUUUCUCUCAAAUUGGUAGUUUAAAUGUUCACAAGAAAAUCCACACAGGUGAGAGACCGUUUUCUUGCCAAACAUGCGGCAAAAGUUUCUCUCGUAUUGCUCAUUUAGAUGGUCACUUGAGAACCCACACAGGUGAGAGACCAUUUCCUUGCCAGAUAUGUGGAAAAUGUUUCUCUGAAAAGAGUAGUUUAAAGGUUCACAAGAGAAUCCACACAGGUGAGAGGCCUUUUUCUUGUCAAACAUGUGGGAAAAGUUUUGUUCAAAUAGGCGAUUUAACUGUUCACAGGAGAACCCACACAGGGGAGAAACCUUAUUCAUGUGGGAUAUGUGGAAAGGGUUACACGCGAGGUUGCAGAUUGAAUAUCCACAUUCAGCAAAAACACAAAAGUGAUAAGUAGUCUCUUAUGGGUGUCACACAGAUUUGUACGUAUAAAUCUUUAAAUGCUUCCUGGUAAAUUUCCACCUUUUGGAUAGGAGUCCAGCCUUGUGAUCCCUGGCUUGUAGAUCUAGUCAAUGUGUUAGACGUAAACAAUGUUUCAUGUUCUGAGUGUGUGUGUGUGUGUGUGUGUGUGUGUGUGUGUGUGUGUGUGUGUGUGUUUAGGUGUGUGUGUGUGUGUGUGUGUUUGUGUGUUAUUGACAACCCUGUAAUGGGGCUAUUCCUUGUUAACCUGACCCUAGCCAGCUGAAUUUCGCUCCGCCUAGCUCCACUCACAUUCACCUGGGACCUCUCAC